GACGUUGAGAUAGCUGAACACGCCAGGGUGCGCGAGACCAGAAUGAAAGGUACCGUGAAGAACUUCAACCUGGAUGAAGACCCAAUCCACAAUGACUUCAAACGGGAAAUGAUUUUCUACAGACAGGCUCAGCAGGCGGUUCUGGAUGGGUAUGAACGACUUGAAAAGCUGGAGAGGCCAACGCUUAGGCCUGACGACUAUUUCGCGGAAAUGGCCAAAAGUGAUGUUCACAUGCAGAAGGUCCGAAAAAGGCUGAUGAACAAGAAGGCAGGACAGGAAAUGAGCGAGAAGGUUAAGAAGAUCAGAGAAAUCAAGAAAUUCGGCAAGAGGGUCCAGAUAGAGCGAGAGCAGCAGAAGCACAAGGAAAAGAGAGAGAUGCUAGAGAAAGUUAAACAGUUUAGGAAGGGCAAAACAGACAACAUUGAUUUCCUGAGCAACAAACCACUACGAGAACAGAGAAACAGAGUGGAUGGAAGAAAAACAAACCUACGGCGAGCGAUGAAGGACAGGAAGUAUGGCAAGGGAGGCAUGCGACGCAACGAGAAGAGGAACAACUCGAACGACUUUGAUGAUGAGCCCAGGCAUGGGGGUGGCUUCCAGAAGGGGGGGAACAAGUUUAAGGCAGGGAAGGGGGGAAAGGGAGGAAAGGGGGGUAAGAUCCACGCAGCCAAGAUCAGACCGGGCAAGAGACGUAGACAACAGAUGAAAGGCCGCUAGAAUUAAGUUGUAAUUAGGAAUUUCAAAUUGUGUGAAUGUAUUUUUUCCCCAUUUUUCUUUUUUCUGAGAUUUAAGAAUGUAUGUGAGAGUCAGGGAUUGAUGAAUGUUUUUUUUAUUAUUAAUAUUGAUAUACAGAUGAGUGGUGGUAUGUUUCUAUUGUUUGUAUGGUUUAAUAUGUUAUUUUUCUUUAUUACAUUUAGUGUAAAAAGGUGACCACCAUAGUGGGUUAAGCAUUAUUAGUGAAAAUAAUGCUGAAAAAAGUUAGAUUAAAUAUGCAUAUUGUUUAUUUCUCUGAUAUAGUUUUGAAUCUGGGUAUCAGAUUUUGGAUAAUCUUUUACACUUCAAAGAAAAGAAAAGUAUUUCAUAAGAUAGAUCAUAUUAUCAGUAUGUUACUAAAUCUACAAAGAAGUGUAUAUGCCAGAAAAUUCUUGUGAAAAAUUAUUAGUAAUGUUAAAUUUCUAGGUUUUCUGUUGGUAGAAAAAUAGAAUCAGAGGAGGACCAAACUGACAUCUAGUGUAGGACACCGAUUCUCUGUUUUUGAUGGAAAUGUACAUUGUGAUCUUUUUACUGGCUGUUACGUACUGACAGUCAUCUUCUCCAGCUGUAAUAAAAGAUUUGGAUGUA